AUGGCUGAAGUUGUUCUCGCCGAAUCCAAUGGCACUGAUCAAUUGCCUAAUGGUGGCCAAAACGAAGCAGUGGUCAAGACAGACAAGUCACUGCUGACGGAAGACUUGUUGAUAACUUGGUAUCGAGUCUCCCAUUACCUUUGUGUUAUUUCACAUUUGAUGGAGAUUAAAACGUCAAGAGAUGGGUAUUCGUACAUUGACGGCGUUCUGUUAUUGAAUUAUUUAAGAGAAGUUUCCCAACGCCUAGUAUCACGUACGCAUCAAGUUGAAAAUUUAGUGAAAGAUGUCAUUCAAAAUGUCAAGGGUGUUGACUGCCAAGUUAACAACGUUAUGAACGAAUUUCUAAUGCUUUCGAAUGAUCACUUCAUUGAAAACCGUGUUUACGAUGACGAAUUGAGACCUCAUGAAGUUGACCCCAAACAAGCUAAUGAGGCUAAUCAAGAGGAUAAAAAUCGUGAAGUGGAUGCUAUACCUUGCAUUAAAGAAGCCUUGAAAGAUGGCUUAACGUUGUUAAAUGAAGCGUAUGAUUUAGUUGAAACUACUGUAGACAAUACGAUCAGUGAUUCUGACUCUGAUGGUGAAGCAGACAGGAGUUUACCGGCUGGCUUUAAUGAACCGGUAUUGGAGCCAAAAGAUAAAUAUGUUGAUAGACCGUUACCUGUUAUUAUUGGUACGGCGGAAUUUUUGCAGCGUGAUGAUGUCGGCUUAUUAGAUGAGGAAGACCAAGCUGAGGAGGAAGCAACUGAUGUCGGUAGUAUGAGUUCAUCAUCUAGCGGUGAAUCAGAGAACGAGGAAUCUGACAAGGAAGCAGAGGAAAAUAGCGAAAUUGAUGAGAGUGAUGACGAUCGCCCUAGGCAAAGGCAACCACAACGGCGCACUUUUACUAGUUCAGAGGAGGAUGACGAAGAUGAUUUAUUUGCAGCCCCUAAGAAAGUUACUAAACGUAGCGAUGUGGAAUCUGAUGAAAGUGAAGAUAUGCCUGAAACUGAUCAAGUACAAGAGACUAAGCCUAAUACAGGCAUUGCAGCGGAACUAAAUAAAAGAUUGCAACGUAACACUGUAGAUUCUGACAGUGAUGGCACUGAAGCUGUCAGUGAGGCCGUUGCUAGUGAUACAUCGUCCAUCAAGAUAAGUCGUAAAACUAGUAAAACGAGUUCACAAAAAGUUGUUGAUGAUGAUUUAUUUCAAACAAACGACGAUGAGGAUGGUCCAUUUGGAAGUAAAGGAGGCUUAUUCAAUGCUAGAAAAAGCGGACUUUUUGAUGACGAUGGAGGUUUAUUUGAUGAUGAUACUAAACAAGACGUUAAGCAGGAUAUUGAGCAGGAUACUGUGCAAAAGGUAAAGGAAAAGCGAAAUAGGACAAAGUCUGGUCGAAAGAUUCCUGCUGGUGCUGUAGCUGUUUUUGGAUCUGAAGACUCUGGAUUAUUUGGAACGCCUACGGAGGAAUCCAUUGCAAAAGAAAAACCGAAUGAUGAUGAUAUUAAAAAUACACCUACGAAAGAAGCGUCUAAGCCAAAUAUCAAAACGCAAAAGAGCGUUAGCAAAGGAUUAUUUGAUGACGAUGAAGAUGAGGAUGAAUUAUUUGGUGCAGCUCCAGUUUCCAUCAAAAAGCCACAGCCUACCAAGAAGAUGCCGCCCACUAGUAGCUUAUUUGCCGACGAUGAUGAUGAUGACGCCGCCGCUGAUGACUUAUUUGCGACGGCAGCCGCUACUACUCAGCCUACUAGAACAGCGAAUGAUAGAAAGAAAAAUUCGUCAAAAAAGAAGGCCUUGGUUGGUGGCGUAGCUUUACCUAGCGCUUCGAGUAUCAAAAGUAAAGUUCACAGACCGCCUUCAUCAGGAAACGAAAGUGAAGAAGAUAAUCCAUUACAAGCUAACAAUUUGCCAAAAACCAAUACCACUAAUUCUUCAAAUGAUACUGUUGGUAUUGAUGUAGCUGCUGCUGCUACGGUUGCUGCUGUCGAUAGUAACAAUCAAAGUAAAGUAACAAAGAAAUCAGGUCUUUUUGAUAGUGACACUGAUGAUAAUAACCUAUUCUUAGCGGAUACUGACUCUAAAACAUCAGGUAACACUUCUAAGAGUGAAGAAAAAACAGCUAAAAAGAAACCAGUUGGAGGUGUGGCUUUGUUUGGUGCAUCUGCUAUUAAAUCAAGGCGACCUCCCGAUUCUGAAGAGGAUGACGAUGAGGAAGAUGACUUCAGCCAAAAAGGCAAUCCACCUCCUCUCAAGAUCUCGCAACCAUCGAAAGCGAAAUCUAAUUUAGGUGACCUUUUUGACGAAGAUGACGAUGAUGACUAUGGAUUAUUUAAUUCCAGUACCAAACCUUCUAUUGUAGAAUCACCGGCUAAAAAUGCCGGAAAUGAUGUAAAGUUAACAAAUGCAAAUCAAUCAAAAAGUUCUACUGAUAGUAAGAAAUCAAGAACUGCCCACAAAGGCGCUAGCUUAUUUGACGAUGAAGAAGAUGAUGGACUAUUUUCUACUACUACUCCAAAACCGCAACCAACAACCAAUAAGCCAGUUCAUAAAGUUGCAGCUAAUCCUGGCCUAUUUGACGAUAAUGAAACUGAGGAUGAUUUAUUUUUAAUCACAAGCUCUGUUGAAAAGAAAUCCGAUAAGAGUAAGAUUGCUAAAAAAGUUACAAAUGAAUCUAGUUCUGCCAGUCUAUCGAAAAGUGAAGACAAAGUAUCACCUAGUAAUGAAAGGAGCAAAGCAUCAAAGGACGAUAAUGCUGAAUCGUCAACAGCGUCCCCAAUUAAGCCGAAAAAACUUCCAGCUGGUGCUAAGCCUAUAUUUGGUGCAGCUGGAAUUGAUAUUUUCCAAAAGAAAAAAACUUCAGAUGACAAAGGCGAUAGUAAUGAACAGAAGUUGCAGAAGAGCAAUGUUGCUAGCCCUACCUUAGAUGAGAAGAAUGUAUCAGAAUCUGUCGUAGUAUCUCUUGACAAUCCACCCACUGUAAAAACACUAGAGAGUGUAAAUAAAGGUCGAACGAAAGGUCAAGCCAGAAGGCGUCCUCCUAGUAGACGUGGAGUUUCCAGUAAAAGCAGUAGUUCGAGUCUGUCAACCCCUAUAUCGGAGAAACUGAAUGAUGACGUUUUUGAUGCAAGUAAUACGGUAGCUGUUAAGCAAGCGGGUGACUCUAGCACUGGUGACAGUAUCUCAGUUGAAGCUAAACCUUCUACUAGUCAGAAAACAGCGUCAGAGAAUAAAUCCAGCAGCAUUUUUAAUAGUAGCGAUUGGCAAGACGAUGACGAAGACGAUUUAUUUGCAAGUCCUGCUAAAAUUAAUAAGUCGGUGAAGUCCACAGUCGAAGUAGUGACUGCAGAAAGUGCAGUUUCCAAUUCAUCUUUAAAUAAAAAUCAAAAGAUCACUCCUACCCUAGACGGUAGUUCGAAAUCAUCCGCCUCCACUAGCAUCCCUGACAGCAGUUUACAUUCAGCUUCUUUAAGCAAAAAUAUAGCUACGACAGAUAGUCCAGCUAGCGCUCAAACUAAAAAAGGAAGGUCUGAUUCGGGAAUUCGACAAACACGAGUAAGCUCCCUUUUUGACAAUGAUGAUAAUGAUAACGACGAUAUUUUUGGUGGAUUUGAUAAAAAGAAGAGCUUGAAAGGGAAGGUAGCUGCUAAAGAUACCGUUUCGCAAGAACCACCGAAAAAAGAUAUUACGGCAUCUGCUGAGCCAAAGAAAACUGAUAGUGAAAUUGUUGAUAAUCCAUUGUUAGCAUCAGAUAAUGUAGUUCCAGAUCGUGUUAAUUCGUCCUCUGCUUCAGACUUACUGAAUGAUAGCAAUGGUAGAAAUUCAGGCGAAAAAAUUAGUAAAGAUAUCGAGAAAGUAGCAGAGGAAAGCAUUCCACCUGUCCAAGAAAAAGCAAUGAAAAAAUCGAUCACAGCUGAUAAUCAAACUUCAACUGAAGAAUCUUUGGAGAAGCAAGAUAAAAUCUCAGCUGAUAAACCAAAAGAUAGCUUGCCUUCUAAGGUUUCUGAAUCGUCGACUGCUACUUCUAAUUCUGAUAUAAAAAAUGUCUCGAUGUCUGCAAAGGAAGGGCUAGAAGUAAAAUCGAAAGCAGUCAAACAAACUUCACAACCAAGUUCUAUUUUUGACCACGAUGAUGAUAUUUUUGGAGAUUUUAAAAGAAACAAGGCCUCCAAAACGAAGGAAGUGACUAAAACUAGUAAGAAAAACGAAAGAGAUGUGGCAAAUAGUCCUGGCGAACCCAAUACGGCUGAAAAUGCUCCUGACGAAGUUAGAUCAAUAGAUGCUAUUGAUAAACAACAGUUCGUAGUAGAUUCAAAUCCUGUAGUCGCCAGUUCAGCAGAUGAAGUUCAUACACAAUCGGCAGCCAAAACCACGUCAAAGCUUGAAACCCCAAGCUCUAUUUUUGAUGAUGAUAGCGAUAUAUUUGGAGAUUUCGAAAAGAAGAAAGCAUCGAUAGGAAAGACAAAAGCUUCCAAGGUGGGAAAUCGGCCUUUAACUGGUGGUGAUAAUGCUAGCAGUACGAAUACGUCUGUCGAAUACAACAAUAGUGAGAAAGUUAUUUCUGGAGGCCAGUCUGAUCAGGCAUCUAGCGAGAAGAAAUCAAAGUCAAAACCAUCUGAUGACAUUUUUGCUGAUGAUCUGGGCAUAUUCGGUACCCCAGGAACUUCGAAGAAAUCGAAAAAGAAAAGUGAUAUAAGUAAUCAGAAAGGUGCGGAAGAAACUCCGAAAGCUAAAUCUAGUAUAGCUAAGAAGAAAGGAUCGAAAAAAGCUGAUAAAAAGCCCGCUAAAAAAUACGAUAUCUUUGACAAUGAUGGUACAUUUGAUGAUCCUUUAAAUGCUGGUGGAAACUAA